AUUCCCCUCCCCUCCCCUCGCCACUCUAUAAAAUCCAGCCGCACCCGCUCACCGUCCUCAUCGCCUACCUUCAUCCAACCGAAACUAAUUCACACCUCGAUCGCCUCAUUUCAUCUCAAUGGCUUGGUCCGCAGAGAACGCCACCAGAGCCUACCUCCACACCCUCAAAUCCGUAAGCUGGCCUAACCCUCGGCCUCAAUCCCCGCGGACGUAUUCUCCUCUACCAUUUUGGCAACAGGCCAAUGGAAAUUACAAUUACAACCUGCCGGGCCUCGUACGAGUCGUCGCAGGCGACGCUUUGGAGCUCAUCUCGAACGAGUACAAAGCGGCCGACUUCGUGCUCGUCGAUUGCGCGCUUAGGGACCAGGAGAGGGUGUUCAGAGCGGCGCAAGUUAGCGCCGCGGAGGCGAGCGGGGGUUUGGUUGUGGGACUCAAUGCGUUUGAUUGCGAGAAGUUUAAGGGGAGUGGGAGGUUGAGGGUGGAUUUGCUGCCGAUCGGAGGGGGGCUUAGGGUUUGCAGAGUGCCGAAGAGGGAGAGACUGAGGAGUCGGUGGGUGGUGAGGGUCGAUGAGUUCACCGGAGAGGAGCAUGUUUAUAGGAUCGCACCACCAGUGCAGAGGAAGAUGAUUAGAGCUUAGAGCCUUUUUAAUAGCGGCUCUUCUUGUUGUAGCUAAUAGGGGGAAUGUAGAGCCUUUGUGUGAUUCUAGAGUUGUUGCAAGAUGUAUAUAUGUUUUCUUUCUUUCUUUCUUUUUAAUCGUGUCUGGAAUCGAACCUAGCUUCCCAGGAGCGACACGGUUUUGACAUGUGACCUACUGGGUCGAUCUUGAUCGUUUUUCUUGCUUUUGUUAUUGAUGUUUGUAGAUGUAAAUGUUGAUAUUAAGAAGAUUUUUAGUUCUUUAAAUGA